UAAUUUCGUUUGUUUUCAAAUAUAAAUUAUAUCUCUGAAUUUAGUAAAUGACAGAUAAUGACAGCAGUUUGGUUAGUUGGUUUUUUACAUUCUUUACAUUAAUAAAUCGAAAAUAAUUUUAUUUUUGUUUGCAAUCAGUAAUUGUGAUAACAACUAGGACAAAAUAUUGCUGCAUAAUUUUUAUAUUUGACAUUUUAAACGAAAGGUAAUUUUUUAUAAACUUGAAUAAAAACAGUAAAACAAUGUUAUCUUUCAAAAUAACCCUUUUCUUCUUUUACUAGAAAAUCGUCAGAAUUUUACACAAAAGCAUUUUAUGGAAAGUUUAAAUCAAUCUGAAUUAAAACAGAAAAUUGAUUUUUAAAUUUGUUGAAAAUUGUCGAAAAAAGUUAUGACUAGUCAAACAUUAAAACGUAAUUGUAAAAAUUUGUUCACAAAUUCGGAAAGACUGUGUUCAUUGGAGAGAAAUAUUCCAAAAAUCAAACUAAGUCUAAAUGAUAAAUCUAUUGAUCGUUCAUUACCAUCACCAAGAUUGAAGGCUUUUCCACCCGAAAAGAUUAAGAGGAUAAAUGAUAACAUUUCGUUACAAUCGACAAUAAGGGAAAAUUUAUUGUGCAAUACGAGACAAAAUAUCGGUCAUGGAGAUGCAAUCAGUAAUCAUGAGAAAUUGACUAUGAUUUCAAACUCUCAAUUUAUUAGAAAAGAACAAAAAAAUAAAAAUAUCGCGUAUUUCCAUCCUAUUGAAAAUGAAAAUCAAUCGGAAAGUAUUCUCAUUACGGAAAAAAAUUCUCCAUCCCUUUCAACUUAUCGAUCAUUUGCUCCUAAUUCUUUAUCAGCAUCAGCAAUUCAACAAUGUUCAUCGAGAAAUAAAGCCACGCCGAGACCAAUUGUUUCCCAUCUUCCAAGUCAUCGCGACAAUAUUUCGAAUUCAGAACCAAAGACUGAUUCACAAAAAACAAAAAUUGAUCCCGAAAAUACAAAAAAUCCGGAAAAAAUAUCAUCACCAGAAAAUCAAGAAUCCGUAAUACAACAUUCAGAAACUUUAAAGAAACAUGAAAAAAUUGGGAAAAUAACCGAAAACGAGAAAAUGACCAAGAAUGAAGAAAAUAAUGAAUUUAUUCUCGAUAAUUGCGAAAAUGAGACUAACUAUGAGAAGCAGCCAAUUGGUGGACGAAUUGGUGCCACUUAUCGUGAAUCGUAUCUAAAAGAGAAUACAAAUUUUCAAAAAGAAUUUCCCCAUAAAGAAUUGAAGCAACAAGUGAUGAAACAAUUAUCCAUGUCGGCGCCAGUGUAUCAUCAACGUCAUUCAAUUGAUUCGAAUAAUUUGUUCGAUAAAUGUCCAACACGAUCGCAAAUGGAAAAUAUUAAACAGGUGGAUCAGCAAUUACAUAAUUCAAUUUGUCAGCAACGUGAUAUUGCUUUUGAUCGAAAUCAUCAUUCAAUGGAGCAAAAACAGAAUUCUUGUAAUUUUUAUAAUUCGAAUUUUUGCCACAUAAUGACUUCACCACAGGAUUUUUCUUUGAAUCGUCAAAAGUGUUACUAUCAAAAUUUGAAAAUGAAUUCUAAUAAUUUUCAAGUGCACUCUAAUAAUUUGACAGUAAAUCCCAAUAAUUUCCAGGCCAAUGCCAAUAAUUUAAAAGUCAAUUCUAAAAACUUACAGGACAAUCUCAAAAACUUUCAGGUGAAUCCUAAUAAUUUUCAGAUCAAUCCCAAUAAUUUUCAGGAUAAUCCUAAUAAUUUGCAAGUCAAUACUAAUAAUUUCCAGGUCAGUGCUAAUAAUUUACAAGUCAACCCUAAUAAAUUUCAAGACAAUCUCAAUUGUUAUCAGGACAACUCCAAUAAUUCUCAGACAAUUUUUAAUAAUAAUUGUCAAGCGACUCUGAAUGAUAAGUUUUCACAAGAUAAUUAUCUUUUACAAAUGAAUCCUAACAAUCGAACACACUUCACUUCAUUUUCUCUCGAUUUAGUAAAUCCGGAAUUGAAGCAACUCCAAGCAGAGACAGAAGAAAGGCAACAAAUUGUCCCAAAUGAUAAUUAUUCACACAAUAAUCACACAAAUCACAAUAAAAUGACAAUAAAAUCAACAGAUAUGCAACAACGGAGUAAAAUAAGUAAUAAAGUUUACUACUUCACGCCACAAAUGCUCAAGGAUCAGGAACUACUGUUAACUACCAUGCAACAGCAACAAUUUUCCGAAGACAUGAUGAUGCGACAAUUUCAAUUGUUGCUCAACGAACAAAAAAAACAGCUCGCUUAUCUGGAGAGUUGUACUCAAACUGAAGAGAAGAUUAUUCGAAGAGUCAAGAACAACGUUUCGAAAAAGAUUACAGCAAAAAAUAGUAUCGACGAGAAACCAGAUUGGAUGGCACACAUAACACCGCCCAGGAUCACUUACUGCGAAAUGGAGAAAAUCAAGUGCUACGGAUUCGAUAUUCAACAAUCGAAUUGGAAUUGUGAGAAUCGUCAAGGUGUUGAUGAGUCAGAUCAACAGAGAUGUGAUGAUAAGUGUCAAAAUUGGAGACAAUGCCAGGAGAAGCAUCAGGAUCGACAGAGACAGGAGUAUCAGAGACAUGAUCAGAAAUCUGAGUGUUUGACAUGGAAUCACCAGCAGGAGCAGAAAAAUCUGUCUAACAAAAAUUUUAGAGUAGAACAAAAUCAAUGUGGAAAAUCUCAAUCUGAUUUUGAGCGGUAUCAACAUUUUCGAAUGCAAAAUAAAAAUCGUCAUCGUCAUGCGGAAAUGCAUCAUCAGAAUUCGCAUGUGGACCAAAAGAUGCAUCAUCAUCAUCGGGGGCAGCAUUGUUUACAUAAACGUCAUCAACAAGCAGAGUUGCAAAAACAAUCAAUGGCAAAUCACUUCCAACAACUGGGGCAUAAUCAAGGGUAUAUUCAGCAACCUUUGAUUCAGAAUCAAACAUCACUAAUUCCGAGUCAGCAAUCAUUCGUACAUCAACAAUCGCCAAAUCAGCAAUCACUGAUGCAUCAGAAAUUUGUGGUACCACAGCACCAAUUACUGGUACCACAACAACAAUUGAUGGUAGCAGAUCAGAAAUCACUGGCACCACAACAAUUAAUGGAACCAAAUCAGAAAACAAUGGUACCACAGCAGCAAUUGAUGCAAUUGAUGGUACCAUAUCAGAAAUCAGAGGUAACAGAACAGCAGUUAAUGGUACCACAUCAGAAAUCAUUUGUGCCAUACCAUAAAUCGUUGAUACCGUACCAGCAAUCAUUGAUACCAAAUCAAAAAUCACUAUUACCAUGUCAGCAAUCAUCUUUACAUCAUCAACCUUUGGUACAACAUCAGCAUUCAUUGGUUGCGGCACCGCUUCAGCAACAGACAUGUCAGUUGCAUUCAAAUGAUCAAAACUAUUACAGACUGGAUCAAAAAUUCACUCCGUAUUCAUCACUUCUACAAAGAUCUGAUGAAAAUUGUUUAGUUGGAGAAAAUUUAAAAACAUUGGAAAAUUCCAGUUUGUUGCGACUUCGUUACCACAAGCAAAUUGUACAACCACAGCAACGAAACAAUGGUCUGCAGGAUCCGGAAAUAAUAAAGGAGGCACUAGAGGCAUUAGAGAAACCUAAUCAAAAAAGAGGACUCGAGUACUUGACGAAUUUGAAUAAAAAAAUUCCAGUUAUUAAACUAAAUGGCGCUCAAGAACCGCAACUAAUUCCUCAGGAAUUUUUACAUCAACCACUUUGUCAAGAAACAGAAAAAAAUGUAUCCGCCAAUGGUUUGGAGAAUCAACGAAAUCCGAGUAAUCCAGUGCCACCUAUAAAAAUGAGAAAUUUUGAUAACGAAUUAACAGAAUAUCCUCGAUCUAAGAAACAAUGUUUUGUCAAUAUUAAGGAAAAGGAAACUCAAAUUCCCGGGACAAAUUUUUCGGAAGCUAUUCAAUAUCCGCAUUAUUACAUUGAAAAUUUAGGAGAACCGGCAAUUUGUCAAAAUGUUAGAGAACAUGUUGUUCAAUAUGAAAAUUUGAUGACGAAAAAAUUUGAAAUUCAAGAACCAAGAAUUAUCGGUGGUUUUACUUAUUUAGCGAGAAAAUUAAAUUCUCUUCCUUAAUUCUCAUAUUGUUUAACUUUAAAAAUUUCACUCGACAAUUAUAAUUGUAUUUCAGGGGAAGGAAUGUUA